AUGUGGGCAAAUGGCACGUAUCCCCUAGGCGAGGCCUUCCCUAAUCAUUCAGUCUCUUUGCAGUGUGCUGCUGAAGCCCAGUUCCAGCACCUGCUCCUGCCCAUCACAUACAGCCUGGUUUGCGCCCUGAGCUUGGCCUCCAACACUGUAGCCUUGUGGAGCAGCUGGGCCACCCGGGCCCAGGCACCCCCAAUCAUGAUUUUCACCUACAACCUCAUCGUCAUCGACCUGCUGUUUGCCCUGUCGCUGCCAUUACAGGCUGUCUACCACGCCAGGCGCAACGACUGGCCCUUUGGCGAAGGCCUGUGCAAGGCCACCAACGCCCUCUUUCUGGCCAACAUGUUCAGCUGCACGCUUUUCCUGGCCUGCAUUUGCCUGGAGCGCUACCUGGCCGUCAUCCACCCCAUCCUCUACCUGCGCCUGCGGUGGCCCCUCUACCGUGUGCUGAUCUCUAUGGCUAUCUGGUCCGUGGUAGGGAUCGGGCUGCUGACCCUCUUCUCCAAGAGCACCGUGACCCAUCGCUUCCCCAAUGGGAACACAGCCUGCAUGGAGCACUUCCCAGCUCGUGUCUGGAGCGGAGGCCUGGCCGCCAUGGUUUUGGCCUCCUCAGUGCUGGGCUUCUUCCUGCCUUUCCUCACCAUCGUCAUCUGCUCCGUCGUGAUUGCCCGGCGCAUCGUGAACCUGAGACAUGGCUCAGCCCAAGGUUCUUUGCUGCGGAGGAACCCGCUGCACACCCUCCUGAUGGUGACCACCCUGCUCACCGUCUGCUUCCUGCCCUUCCAUAUCAUCCACAUUCUGCACACACUGGGCCGGAUUGGGGUUCUGCCUGCUCCGCAGCUGCUGCGCUUCACUUGUUCAGCCCAGCGGGCUGCCAUGGCCCUGGCCAGCAUCAACAGUGCUCUUGACCCUCUGGUAUACUACUUCAACAUGAAGCCUGCCAACUGGAGGCUGCCCUGCUGUGGCGCAAGCAGCCAGAACCUCGUGGAUUCAGGCAAUCUUGCGGCAGCGGGCCUCAGGAGCAUGAGCUAGCUGGAGGUCCUACCUAGGAUCCACAGCAUUGUCCAACUUCUUGUGGAGCGCUCAACACCAGCACCAUCAGAUGAUAUUGCCCAUUGCCUUUUGAAGAACAUCAACUACUAGAAUGGCCUCCUGGUUUGAAUAAGGCAAAAUGAUAAAAUAAUCAUAAUGACAAGACAUCCUAAGCUGGUUGGAGUUUUUUUUUUUGGGGGGGGGGGGUUCAGUGGCAGAUGGUAUGCCUAUAAUUUGGAUGUGGCUGUUCCAAGCCAAGUUAUGGGGGAAUGAGUUAGAAUAUUAGCAGAGUUCAAAGACUGAAUCAGGUCUGUAGCCAGAGAGACAAUCCAAAGGCAAUGGAAGCAGGAACAGCACCAGAAAGAAGUGCAAGCAGACUGGGAGCCCAGACAGCGGUGUGAUUUGGGAAGCAACGCAGAAGUGUGCUU